AUGAUUGCGCUGGCAUACUCGCUGUGGCAGGAUGGAAGCAGGGACGAAGCUGAAGACUUCUACAAGCGAGCACUGCUAAUCAGCGAGUCAACCCUUGGCCCAGAGCAUGAGACGACUCUGCACUGCCUAACCAAUUUGGCAGCUAUUGCCAAAGAGUUGGGCCGCAAGGGUGAGUUGGCAGCUGCCGCACAAUGCAUGAGGCACAUGGAAUCGCAUGUGCACGACGAGCUGGACACCCUCGAGGAGCCCGCCGAGACCGAUCCCUCGUUGGACCAGGAUCACGUGGAGACGCCACGCUCCCAGGGAGGGUCUCAGAGGCGUCUUCGCCUUUGCGUCGCCGUGGGAGUGGCUCUCGCUGGACUGGUGCUGACUGGCAUUGGAGUGGCCGUGUGGGUUCUGCCCAUACCCGGUCAGCCCACUCCGGGUGCAAAUCAAUGUGUCGACGACUCGGCUGGGGAGGAACCGCCACUGGCUUGGACUGGCAAGAAAGCUGGUCCGCUUGAGAGGCAACUUGGGGUUAUCACUCCAGCCCAAGCUGCGUGGAUCGUGUUGCAAGCCGGACAGACAGCCAAUGAUGUGGCUACACAAACGGCCGCGCUGUCCAAAGAGUUGGCGGCUGAAGCUGCACCUCGGGUCAGCCCGAAGAAGGUGCAGAAACGCAAUCGUGCACGCUGUAUUCUGCAGACCCUCUCAGUGGGGGAGAGUAUCGCCAAGAUCGCAACCAACAUCAAAGCGGCGAGCGCAGUUUGUGGCCCUGAUCGGAUCUUCAAGUACAUCCCGGGGAAGUUUGGAAAAGCCUUGGUGAAGCUUCGCAAGAUCAUUUGCUCAGUAAACAUCGAACUGGUAAUCUCUGGCUUCCUGGCAGUUGCUGGAAAUCUCGCUGAAGCGAGCAUUAGCUGUUCGAUUGCUGUGAACUCCACGAGCUCUCUGAACUUGAACGAGCAGUUCGAUGCGGGCUGUGCGAGCGCCGCUUACCAGAUGGCCAAUUCACUGGUUGCCGUGUCUUCCGCCUUUUCGAUCGCAAUCCCAGGCUGUGAAAUUGUGGCGAAGGGUUUGGAGAAGACUAUCACUGGAGCCCUCAAAGGACUAGGGCAGAAAGGAAUAUCCGACUUUGGCGGUGGCAAGCUGACCAACCCAAGCCAAGUCAAGGCUGCUGUCAAAGCCCUCCAGAAUGAGCUGACACCGGCCAAUUUCUUGUCGGAGACAUCCACUUUCGGGCGGAGGCUCUUUCUCGGUGGAGGCAAGGGCGCAAUCAUGACUCAGUGCGUGGUCGACGUCAUGCAGGCGUUGACGCAGCUGUCGCUGAUGGGCAUUGCUGUGGAUUCGCUAGCGAACGCAGCUUGUGAUAACCCGUCCGUGGGAAGAGUGACGUCGAGAGCCUUGCCAAAAUUCCUUCGCAAGCGAAUCGAGAACGGACAACGUGCGACUUGUGGUGCUGGCGUUGCAACAGUAAUUGCUCAACUUGGACUCGCCACGGUGUUCCUAUCCUUUACCUCGUUUCACUGCACGAACGAAGCUAACAUUCGAGCAAUCUGCGGUGCCGGGAUCGCAGGAGCCACUGGGGCUUUGUCCGGCAUCGCAGGGGCUGGCAUGGCAGCAUAUGUUGCGUGUACGGAGGGGCAGAGGCUCGACGAAACUGAAGCGCUGUCAAAGAAGUUCGUGGCAGACUUCCUUACUCAGGAAGCCACUGGCAUUGUUCAGGAAUCUUGCCCGGACCUGUCGCUCCAAUGCUUUUUGGAAUUUACGCAAUUCUUCUCGAAUUGUCCGCCUGGUGCUAGCACUGCAGGACCAGUGACUCCAUCUUGCCCGGUGCCUCCGUCUCCUCAAGCAUGCCCAGGAAUCGAGCCUUGCGUUAACGAGUUUGAGGCAUUAAGGCCAAGCUUGACAACUUGGUUUCCGUUGCCUACGGCUCCGGUAGAGUUCACCGUGUUGGUCAACGGAGCUCAAUCUUGCUUCGAGUACCUGACCUGCUUUCUCAGCCCGGGCCCGAGCCCAUCGCCUCGAAGGCUCCAAAGUGAUGCUUUGCGGAGUAUGCUCUUGCAAAAAGUGGUGGGCCCACUCCCAGAGCGCUGGCGCUCGUUGAUUCAUGGGGAGGAUCCUCAAGAGGGUCCUCGCGAGUCUCACGACGGUGUUCCUGCCGAGAGUGUGCCGAUGAUCAAUCGCCUGUGGAACCGAAGCGUGGGUUCCUCCGCGAGCCAGGGGCUCUUGCGCACAGCGCUGCAAGGCGGCCAGUUUUUGGAAGAGGCAGCCAGGGAACUGCACAAGCGUGAGGCGAAUCACGAUCUGUGCUUAGUUAACGACGGACCGCUCAUGGAUGAGAACCAGGAGACGCUGAGCGGACUGUCACUGCUCAUGAUAGACUUCGAUGAGCUGGAUGAGGUUGAACCUGAGAAGCGACCGUACGAUUUGGUCAUCUACGGAGCCACAGGCUACAGUGGCUGCUUGGCAGUGGAGCACCUGGAUGCUCUGCUGUCAUUGCCAAGGGCGACACCGCACCGCUGGGCCAUUGCUGGUAGGAGCGAUGAGAAGCUGCAGAAGAUGGCCGCCCGAUGUCAAACCCGUCCCAAGGUCAUUGUUGCAAACACCAAAGCUGAAAUUGACGAGAUGGCCGAGGAAGCCGUGGUCGUUUUGGCAUUGGCAGGCCCCUACUUAGCGUGUGGAGAGCAAGUACUUCGGGCGUGUGUGGAAAAAGGCACCCACUAUAUCGACAUCACCGGAGAGGUCAAUUUCUCCCAUUUCGUCAUCCAGAAGUAUCACCAAGCCGCGAAGGAGAAAGGCAUCAUGAUCGUUCAGUUUGCCGGUGCGAUGUCGGUUCCUGAUGACCUUGCGGCCUACCUCCUCGUCAGACAGCUGGGCCCCCUGAAGCAGCUGCGCGUCUACACUUGGGGCUUCGGCUUGAGAGGCGGCGGCUCCUUUCAGACUGGGAUGGAGGUGGUGGAGAGGAUGCUGCCCGAGUCCAUGGCAGUUUACCAUAACCCCUUUAGCCUUGGCGGUGAGCGGCAAAACGCAGCACGACCGGAGGACAAUGACUGCCGUGCAGCGGAGGCUGAUCCACUCUUCCCUUCGACCUGGGUAAUGCCAGCAUACGGAUCUCACACCACUUCGAGGGUGCUGCGACGAAGCUGUGGCCUCUUUGAGGAGUGGCAGGACGCACCAUGUUACGGAGAAGACCUGCUGGUUGUAGUGAGGGACCUGGCCUUGGACAAGAAGGAUGCCGACUAUGCGGUUUGGGCAAAUCCUGUUCCGGCUGACAUCAAGGAUACUAUGAAGCAGUCGCGGACAAUGGAGGAAAUGCGGAACAAGUCUUUAGCACCUCGUCCUGGGCUGGGACCGCCACAGGAGGCCCGUGCUCUGGGCUUCAUGGAGAGCUACCUUGUCGCGGAAGCCGAGUCCGGAGACUGGUCCCACGUACACUUUCUGGGUGGCGAUGGAUUUGAGGUGACUGCAAUCACCUGCACAUGUGCAGCACUUGUUAUCCUCGAGGAGCUUGAGUCCCUGUCGGCUGACGCCCGUGGGGUGCUCACCCCAGCGGCGGCGUUCCAUGGGAGCAGUUUGCGGCAGCGGCUGGAGGCCCAUGCCUUUGGGGCUGGAGCAGGACAAAAGAUGUCCUUUGAGGUCCUGGAAGGAAAGCCCGCAGAGGAGAAGAUUGUCACCGCCUUGACGACGGCAGCCAAGCGCCGGCAGAAGGCAGUCCAGCUGCUGGAGACCGGCAGCCUGCAGGCAUGGGAUGUUCCGUCCAUGAUCAAGUGA